ACCCUCUCAAGCUCCACCACCUUCGGCCACCACCUUUGGGGUCCAAAACUCCAAGCACACAACGCAACCGAAGAAUUCUGUCUCAAAUCAGAUCUCUUUUCUAAGAUUUUCAAACCUUCUGUUUUUCAUUUUGUAAGACCAAAUUCACCUUCCUCAAAUUAAGAUGGAAAUCAGCUCACAAGUGGUUGGUCGAAAGGAUAUAUCAAGAAGUGCUUUUGAUAUAUGGAAAGAGAUUUUCCAAAAGAGAAAAGUGAAGCAGGAGAAAAAAUCUUAUAUUAACUGUGGCAGCAGCUCUGGUGAAUUUGACUUUCUGCACUCCCUGAUAACUAACUGUGGUGAUUAUGAUAUUAUUUUGGAUGGAAUCCAUGAAAACUUUUUGCAGCUCCGCUAUCAUGAUCCAGUGAUGCAAAAGACAGUCAAGUGCUUGAAUUAUCUUGGUGUCUCUGAUCUGAUGCAUCAAUAUAUUAUGCGUACACAGCAAAUGCCCCUUCUAGUUUAUCAGCCUUCUCUUGCAAUUUCUCUGCAUCGUUUACUAGCCCAAGUUCAAAAACCAAAUAUUGAGUGGCCAAAGUCCUAUCAGAGGUACCGAACAAUAUCAAUGGAAAAGAUGGACAUAUUAAGGGCUUGGCACCAGAAAAUUGCACCCCAUAUUUCUAGACAUUUAUCAACUGAGCUGUUUGUAGAGGACUUGAUUUCUCCCUUGCUGCAUAUUCUUUCACCGACAACCUUGAGACCAGUGGCAUUGCACUUACUGUCAGAAAAGGAGAAGAAUGAUUUGGCUCAGUUAGUUAAUGUGAUGGUUUCCUAUUCUAUAACGUAUAAGAGCAUUAAGUCUGAUCCUCUGCCCUCCAACCUCAGAAAUGAGUUGGCAUUGGUUGUGUCAGUACUUUCCUUCCAUCCACCAAUCAAUGACUUUAUUCACUUCAAGGACCAUAGAUCUGAUCACCAUGUGCUUUCCUUAGCUAUGAAGCAGGUUUUAUUGCAUGAGGUUGAAAAGCAAAAGAUUUUGCAACUAAACACAGGAAGAUCUGAGAACAUAACGGAUGAACCCAAAAAGGAAGAGCAGACCCUUGUGCACAAAGAGGCUACAACAGCUGACUCUGCUAAAAUUACUGUUAAAGGAGAAGGUUCUGGUCGGGAAAGCAUAGAAAAUACAAUGAAUAUACCAAGCACAAAGCAUGGCAAUCCAAGUACCUCUAUAAAUUCGUCAUCCUGGGUUUCUAAUAGAUGCACUAUAGCUAAUGCAAAGGCAAAAACUUCUGGAAAUUCAAGGAAGCCUUCUGGUGGUUUCAAUUUCUUUGACAGGUUUAGGAAAACGAGUAGCAAAAAUUCUCAGGAUGCUGAUACUACUAUACAGAAGGAAGCACCGUUGGAGAGAGAUUUACGCCCUUUAUUGUUCAAAUUCAAUGAGGGCUUUACAAAUGCUAUUAAAAGGCCAGCUCGUAUGCGUGAAUUUUUUCAAUGAAAAAUUGCUGUAGCAGCCAAUUUCGGGGUUCCAUUUCUUGUGUAAUAAUUAGUACGUUAACAUUAAUUAAUCUCAUCUUUUAAUAUUUUAUGAAAUUGUGCAGUAUGUACAUAGCAUGCUUCUUUUUGCAAUUAUGCAUCAGCUGUCUAUUAUACGUUUUUGUUUGGUGGAAAAACAAAAAGGUAACCUUAGA